UCCGUUAAUAUAGCUAGACAUUGGCAGGUUGAAUGGAAGGAAGCAAGACAAGGAACCGUGCCGAUACGGGCCAGUCCAGUCCGGGUCGAGAUACGAAAGACGGUAGCACCCAGACUGACAGCAGAGCACAAGGUCAUGGCCCCAGGUUAUCAAAGGUCAAUCUGUAUACAUUAUUGAGUUUGUGGAUGGAGCUGUUCCCUCGGGAACAGCACGAAGAGGAUGACCACAGUCAGAUCCGUGGCAUGGGUCUGGUGGUGGUGCGGGACAGUAAGGUGAUGGGACUCCACUGUUCAGGAGCUGAGCUUCACGCAGGACAGGCAGCCAUUAUCCAACAUGGCCCCCGCUUGGCUGACUGUCAGCUGUACUUCUCUAGGAGACCCUGUGCUACCUGCCUCAAGAUGAUCAUCAACGCUGGAGUCAGUCAGAUCUCUUUCUGGCCCGGAGACCCUGAGGUCAGCAUGCUGAGGUCCGCCUCUACAAACCCGUCGAACUCCUCCCACUCCCACAGUCCACCUGGCCGCAUCACGGAGGAGGCGGCGCUGGACGCUGUGGCGACAGAGAAGCUGAAGUCCAACAGCCGCCCUCACAUCUGUGUCCUGCUGCAGCCGCUGGUGCCCGGCCUGGCACAGUUUGUCAGCGAGACGUCCAGAGAGUGUGAUUUCAUGGAAAGAGUGACUGAUGACGAACCAGGGCUGAACGCAGAGGAACUCUUCAACGGAGAUCGAACGAAGCACCUGAAGGAUUUCUCCCGACAGUUUCUGGUCGGGACAUCGCAGCAGCACCGGGAGAUCUUGACACAAAUGGGUCUGGAGAACUUCUGCGUGGAGCCCUACUUCUCAAACCUGAGGAACAACAUGAGGCAGCUGGUGGAGGUUCUGGCCGCGGUGGCCGCCGGGAUGCCGCUUCGACACUACAGAUUCUACGGGGAACAGUGUUCAGCCACUGAGCCAUCACCGGCCUCACUGCCCCCUUCUCCUCCUCAUGAAGUAGUAUCCCAAGAAGUGGCUCGCCAUUGCAUUAUCCAAGCCAGACUGCUGGCCUACAGAACAGGUCUGCUUGCUUUUUGUGUUUGUCACAGAAGUCAAGGUGGAUGCAGGAUACGAGACUUGCUUCCUGUUUCAGGUCAGACUGAACAAGAAGAGGCUGGCUGCGACGGAACGGGGCGCCUGUACCUGGCGGGUUGCGGGUACAACGCUUACCCAGCAGGCUCCAAGUACGCCGAGUACCCACAGAUGGACAACAAGCAGGAGGACCGGCAGAGACGCAAAUACAGAUUCAUUGUCCACGCAGAGCAGAACGCCCUCACCUUCAGUGUUUUGACGGACAGCGUUCUCCCUGACGCCUUCAGGACUCGAGAAUUCAAAGCGGGGGAGCCCACCAUCCUGUUCGUAACCAAGUGUCCGUGUGACGAGUGCGUCCCUCUGAUCAGGGGAGCCGGCAUCACACACAUCUACACCACCGACCAGGACAGGGACAAAGACAAGGGAGACAUUUCCUACAUGAGGUUCAGCAGCAUGAAGGACGUCAACAAGUUCAUAUGGCAGAGGAGCCCUUCAGAUUGCUCGGUGUCCUUUCCUCAAGUUGCCAACGGUUGUGUCGGGAAGCACAACAGACAGACCGAGCGGGAGAGCCACAGCAGCAAGAAGCUGCGCAUCAACAGAUCCCAUGACUUACCUUCUGUCAGCUGAGCAUCGCACCUGCGCAGACGGACAGUUGGAUAAAUGGAGAAACCAAAAAAAACUACAGAAUCGUGUUUUUAGAUUAGAUAUUUUACGGUUGCUGCUCAAAUUCAUUUGAGAUCAAAUCUGUGCCUGCACAGAAUCUUCCGUUACUUUAUUUGCCCUUAAAUGCAGCUGCUGCAUGUUUGUUUCAUACAACGCUGACUGAGUGGUACGACCUAAAUCUAAAAUGUGAUAUUUUAACUGCCAUAGGCUGCUCUAUGGAGGAAUUGUUAGUCCAAUCCAAGUCAUUAAGAAGUGAUUGGCAGUGAGUAAAAGAGGUACAAAAUGGAAGGAAGGGACGGAUGGACGGAUCAGUGAUGGACAAGGUAAAGAAUGUGCGGACACUAUUUUUGAAUGAAGGAAAACAGUACAAACUAUGGAACUUUAUUUUUUUAUGUUACAUUACAUUCAGGAAGUGUUCAGACCCCUUUGGAUGACAAUGACCAAGUGAAAACUUGUGAAUUUUUGACAAAGUGAAGUAUUCAGACCGUUUGCUUUGACACUUGACAUUUAGCUCCAGGUUAGCUCGUUUCUGUCCUUAGCUCUGCAGGCAGCUCCUCCUCCUCAUGACUCGGUUUUUUAUGAGAGACUUUAUUUUACUUUAUUUUCCUAAUCAUGUCCAAUCAGCUGAAUGAAAGAAUCAAGGUGUAGAA